UUUCACUUGGAUGCAUCUACCUUGUUUUCAAGAAGAGAGUUACAGGUAAAAUCAUUAGAAUUAUUGGGACAACUGUGCUCGAAUUCUUUUGUGUUCAUUGAUGUCUCAUGAUUUCCUUGACAGCAUUCAUUAAAUUGCGAAAGGGCCAGAGGAUCACGGUUACUGAUCAAGGUUUUUCCAGUGGUGCAUUUGAAGCUAGAGACGAGGAGAAAAAUAGAAAGAGCCAACACUGUCAUCUGCUUAGUUUCGAUUCAAUUGUCGGUGCCACUGGAAAAUUCUCUCAUUCAAAUUUACUUGGUGAAGGUGGAUUUGGUCCAGUUUACAAGGGUACACUUGCUGAUGGGCAAGAAAUAGCCGUAAAAAGACUGUCAAGGAGUUCAGGGCAAGGUUCUGAAGAAUUCAAGAAUGAAGUUAUGCUAAUCUCCAAGCUUCAACAUCGAAAUCUUGUUAGACUCUUGGGCUGUUGCGUUCAAGGAGAAGAAAAGAUUUUGAUCUAUGAGUACAUGCUCAAUAGAAGCUUAAAUACUUUUCUUUUCAAUCCGACAAAGAAAAGAGUACUAGAUUGGAAAACACGAUACAAAAUCAUUGAAGGGAUUGCUAGAGGGCUCCUCUACUUACAUAGGGACUCAAGGCUAAGAGUCAUCCAUCGUGAUCUCAAAGUCAGCAACAUUUUGUUGGAUGAAGAUAUGAACCCCAAAAUUUCAGAUUUUGGCAUGGCGAGGAUUUUUGGGCACGAUGACAAUGAAACAAACACAAAGCGAGUCGUUGGAACAUAUGGGUACAUGUCUCCAGAGUAUGCAAUGCACGGGCUGUUCUCAGUUAAAUCCGAUGUCUACAGCUUCGGAGUACUGCUUCUAGAGAUCGUGAGUGGAAAGAAGAAUAGCGCGUACCACCAUCCUGAAUUCUCCCUUAACCUUCUGCCUUAUGCAUGGAAGCUAUGGAGCGAAGAUAACGUUAUGGAAUUUGUCGAUACAUCCAUAAGGGAUUCAUGCUCAGGGACCGAAGUAUCAAGAUGCAUCAGCACCGCACUCUUAUGUGUGCAAGAUCGAGCCAACGAUAGGCCAAAUAUGUCGUCUGUGGUUGUGAUGUUAGAGAAUGGGACUGAUAUUGAUCAAGUGUUGCCGAGGCAGCCAACUUUUUCAGCAGAUAGAAGUCUGUGUGAGACUGAGUCGUUGAAAUCUGAUCAAAAUCUCUCGGGCAACAUUUCUUCAACUACUACGUUGAUCGGGAGAUAGUAGCUUAGGUAACUUCGAUGAUAAGCCGUAUACAUUGUGUUGCAAAAUUUUAUUUACCAUUUGUUUGCUUCUUUGCCAAUUAUGUUGAAUUUCAGGUUAGUUGAUACUUUAGGGUGUAUACUUCAAUUUAAAAGAAGUAGGAAAUGAUAUGUUGUUACCA